CCACUGUGUUAGAUACAUUUUGGGAUGUUACAACUAGACUUCUCUUAGGCAUAGACACUCAGUGGAGUAGGCAAUGCGCACCGCUGUGAUUCCCACUGGACAGCCUCAGCCGCGCAAUGAUAUCACCUCGCUGGCUCUCCCCACCGAUUCCCAACUGGACCGCCGGCUGCGCGACGAGAGCCUGGUGCAGCGCAAUGCGAGGGUACAGGAGCAGGUACGGGCCAAACUCAUGCAAAAGACGCACACGGCUCCUCGGGUGAGCAGCAACAGCAACAGCUACUCCGUCUCCAGCUAUGGAGAUGUCUUUUUGCCCAGAACACAGUAUGGAACUGGGUCAGCAUCUUACAGUUCCCGCUCACAGGUCCUUAGCAGCGAGCCAAGGAUGUCUGCUGUUCGCACUUCAGGAUAUUCAACUGGGGGAGGAAUGCGCUCAGGCUACUCAUCUCGUUCUGCAGUGGACGUUGGGGGCACCCAGCGGAUCAGUGUUGCUUCUCAGCAACGUAGUUACGCCACUACCCGACCAACCUCCUUCCAUGAAAAAGUGUACCCAGCCCGACGCGAUUACGAUACGAUGUCUCUGCGCUCCCUGCGAAUUGGAGAUGGAGAAGAGCGCUACAAUCCCGGAACAGCCUCUCAGGCAUCGGUUUAUGGGCGCCAGAUUUCUACUUCCAGUGCUGGACCAAUGCUCCAGAGGUCUCUGUCAGGCAACAUUGGGCAAGAUGUCGGAGGCACUUCUUGGGUAGAAAGGGCAGAGGUGGCACAAACUCGAACUAUCCGUGCCCCUGCAAUGCGCACCCUGCAGCGCUUCCAGAGCACCAACCGUACCCGAGUGGGAUCUGUUCCCUAUGGCACUAUUAAUACAGGCUCCCAACAGCAAAUGCAACAGAUGCAACAAAUUCAGCAGAUGCAACAGAUGCAGCAGUCCUCAGGCGGCAUUGGCUCCUCCUAUGUCACAAACAUGAUUGAACACAAUUCUAGGGCACCAUCAGUGCGAAGCCUCGCCGAGUCCGGCAACCAAGUGCAGGAAAUUAGAGGCAUUGAUAUGUUUGAUGGGAACAAAAGCCUGAUGAGCCAGCACUCUUUCACCAGUGGAUUUGAUGAUAUGGACAUGCCGAUGGCUGUGAAGAAUUUAAUGGCUCCUGAUCCAAACCUGCAGGUUCUGGGGGCUGCAUAUAUACAGCAUCGAUGCUACAGUGACAAUGAGGCCAAGAAGCAGGCACGCAGCCUGCAGGCCAUCCCGAAAUUGGUAAAGCUGUUCAACUGUGAUAACCAGGAAGUUCAGCGCCAUGCCACAGGCGCCAUGCGUAACCUCAUCUAUGACAACCCUGAGAACAAAAUAGCGCUGGUGGAGGAGAACGGCAUUUAUGAAUUGUUGACCGCUUUGGAAGAGCACGAUGAUGAACUUAGAAAGAAUGUAACAGGCAUCUUGUGGAACCUGUCAUCGAGUGAUAACCUGAAGGCAAGGCUGGCAAGGGACACCUUAAGCCCACUCACACAGAAGGUACUGUCUCCGCUCUCGGGAACCGCUGGCUCCGCUGUUAUCCAGCAGAAUGUUUCGGAAGCAGAAAUAUUCUACAACGCUACUGGUUUCCUCAGGAACUUGAGCUCUGCAAGCCCAGAGACGCGUCAGAAAAUGCGCGAGUGUUCUGGUCUGCUGGACGCCCUGGUCUCCUACACAAACAAUGCUUUGCAGUCUGGAAAGUCUGAAGACAAGAGUGUGGAGAAUGCUGUGUGCGUGCUGAGGAACCUGUCCUACCGCCUGUACGAUGAGAUGCCACCUUCCAACUUGCAGAGAUUGGAGGGCGGCCAGAGAGGGCGCAUCACUGCGGGUGAUACAGUGGGAUGUUUCACUCCCCAAAGCCGCAAACUUAAAGAGCAGCAGCAGGGUGCAGACAUUGCCACCUUCACAGAGAUCUCCCGGGAUCCGAAGGGGAUGGAGUUACUAUGGCACCCACAGAUAGUUAAUCUGUACAACCGGUUACUGCAGCACUGUGAAUUGAACAAAUACACCACAGAGGCAGCAGCUGGAGCCCUACAGAACAUCACCGCUGGGGACCGCCGGUGGGCAUCCGUUCUAAGUCAGGUGGCACUGGAACAAGAGCGUAUUUUGAAUCCAGUUCUAGAUCGUUUGCGGACAGCAGAUCACAACCAACUGCGCUCUCUCACCGGCUUGAUCCGCAACUUGUCAAGACACGCCAAGAACAAGGAUGAAAUGUCCACCAAACUAGUGAGCCACCUUCUGGAGAAACUCCCAUCAGAUUCAUCAGAAAAAUGCCCGCCAGCUGAUGUGCUUGUGAAUAUCAUCGCUAUCCUCAAUAACCUUACUGUGGCAGGGCCCCUCGCAGCCCGAGAUAUUGUCUACUUCAAUGGGCUCAUCAAGCUGAUGUAUAUCAAGAAGAUGAAAGACAGUGCUGAUGGUGAAAAGGCCGCUCGGGCAGCCUGCAGCCUCCUCACCAAUAUGUGGCAGUACAGCAAGUUGCACCGGGAAUACAAGUCGAAAGGAUAUCGGAAGGACGACUUUCUCAGCCCAUGAUGUGUUGCUCUGCAAGAUGACUGAUUUUGCCUUCCACCUACUAAGACGACCAGACUAGGCCAACAUUAACUACGGGUCAUUGAGCUUCCUAAAUGCCGCCACACUUCCCUUUGCGCACUCUGCCUUGUUCCAUGCAGCCGAGCAGAGGUGGAGGUCUUUGUAGAUAAAUUGAUAGUUUAUUUUUAAAUUUUGUAUAGGUGAAUGUGCAUUUUAUGGGGCGUAUGCAUUGGGAUUGCACACGCUCAUUUAACACUUUUCAAUAAGUACAAUUUGCCUUAAUGUAGAACUUCCGGGGUUAGUCGCAUCUCUGCUCCUUAAUUUCCUCUGCUGGUGGGGUCAUAGCCAAAGCUGCCUUUCCUCUUUCCUAAGGGCCAGCUGCAAUGUGUGCUUUGGUUAGGGUUGGGCGAGAGCUGAUAAUAACAUUGUUAUUACACCUAUCCUCAAGGACCCAUGUUUAUUUUGUAACUCUGCUGCAAAUAACAAGCAAGCCCUUUCUGUCUUUUAUUGGUAUUAAAUAUGAUUUGAGUUUGGAACAUUUUAUCUCAGGGGGAGUAUUUAAGUGGGUGCGCUUGCUUCCUUACCUCACUCACAAGUGCCUUCUUCCUUCUAGUGCAAUUCUUGUAAUAUUGAGGGCAGUGACUCCGUCAAUAAAAUACACAUUUUGACAAAAAAAAAA